AUGAGCUUGUUGUUGGAGUCAGAAGCCCAAUUUACUGCACGGGCUAGAGAGAUCGGGCUCAGCAAUGAGACAGUGCAAGCAGUAAAAGAUGCUGGGGCGAACACGCUGUCGACCCUAGCCUUUGCUGUUGGUCAACCUGGGCAGCCGAUUGCAACCCAGGAAGCUGACAAUUUUCUGAGAGCUGCAUUGGGGAGAGACCCAACUCUGGCUGAAAGCAAUGGCAUCAGGCGUUUGGCCUUUGAGGCACAGACCCUUUUGGUUGCAAGCUUGAGACAGGUGGUUGAACACCGUGAUGACGGUGCGCCAAAGCGCAUUGGCGCUGCAGAGAGAGAGGCAGAGAGAGAGAGAGAGAGAGAGAGAGAGACGAGAAUGAAUGCAAUACGUGCAGAGCUUGGUGGCUUGUGUAUAGCAGACGAAUACGAGCCAUCUCACCUUCUGCUGGAGAAAGCAUGCCAGAUCCAGGAGAGCAACACUUUGAAAUACAUUGAUCCGGCCUCUUGCACUUCGAGGUCUCAAGAGGUGCAAGGGAGUACGAAAACGAAAGAGCUUGCCUUCGAAGGUUACAGCAAACCUUCACUGCACCAAGUCAUGUUGUGUGACAAAGCUGCCUUCACUAGACUUGGAGCCAGCAUGGGAGCAGUUCGACAACUUCCAGAUGGAUCAUACCCACUUGGUUUGAAGCUGCUUGAACUUCGAAGCGAUCCAUCGAUUGCACUAUACCUGGCGCCACUUGUCAGAGCUCAGAGUUCACAGGGGCCUGUUCAGAGACCAAGCCCUUACAAUCAGGGUCCGAAGCCGAACAGUGCGGCCAACAAUGAGAAGAAGAGAAAAGGAAAAGGGAAGAAGGGCAAAAGCCCUCCAAUGCCCGCAGAAUUGUGGAACAAGUGGCAUCGUACAGGAAGUGGCGACAAGGAACUCCUGUAUCACUGGCUUGAAUCAGAUUUGCUGGCUUGGGCACACAAUGCCCCAGUUUGCGGCACGUGUUCAAGAGCACGGCAGAUUCGGAACGGGGGACCCAGACCUUUUAAGGGACAAGAGGUUUACGCUACAAGUCUGGAGGCGGAGUACCCCAGACGUUUCUGCAUUGCACUGGUUCAGUGCAUCUGGAGGCAACUGCAGCGACAAGGGAUGACACUGAUGCCUGUUAACCACAGUUUUGAAGAAGCUGCCCAACAUCGACUGGAUUGGUGCAAAAGGUGGCUACACAGGGCGGCCGAGCUUGGUGCUGCUGAGAAAGAAGCAGCUGGUUGCAGACAUCCUGCAACUGCAAAGAAACGCUUGAAACUGACGCGUGAAAUACUUGAAAGCCUAAACUAUGAGGAUGUCGACGUCCUACAGUUGUUGGAAAAGGGAUCAACACUUGCUGGUGAAAUUGACUCCUCCUCCAUGUUUCAGCCAUCCUUCAAGCCUUGCAUAACUACGGUACAGCAACUGGAAUCGCAUGCCGAGAUGCGCAACAGAUUGGUUAUGCGCAUGACCAGAAGUUCUGGAGACAAAGCUUUGGACGAGGCUGUCUUAAAGGAGACCCGAGACGAGAUUGCUUGUGGUUGGGCGGAUGGCCCGUGGAGUUUGGAUGAUUUGGAGUACGGGUCGACUAUAUCCCGUAGGUUCCCUUUACAGCAAGGAAAGAAGGCCACGACCUUCUCUGAACUAUGCUGUGCGCCUGGAGUUGCCUUCAACUUGAACAUGUCGUGUCAGGGCACUUUAGAGAUACGCAAUACAGAGUCCAGAAUUGCAGACCUCAUACAACAAAUCCGUGGUUUCUUGGAGGCUGGAACUUUGAACAGGCAUGACACCUUGAAGUUACGUGGCAGGCUUGGUUUUGCUGACGGCUAUCUCCACGGCCGUUUGGGGGCGUUAAUUUUGAAGCGCCUCAUUGACCAUGCCUAUGGGUCAAAUCCUCAGUCGGAUGACGAGCUUCAGCACCUGCUUCUUUUGAUGAUUGAGCGUUUGGAGACAGCAGGACCUAAGACAGUCAAUGCUGUGUCCUUCACUGAAUGGUUGGUGUUCACAGACGCUGCAUAUGAAAAAGAUACAAAGAGCGGUGGCCUUGGUGCAGUUUUGGUAGACACUACAGGUCAAUGCCGUGCAUGGUUUUCUGUGAAGUUGGAAGAAGAUAUGAUGAAGCUUUUCGAAGAAAAUCGAAUGGUGUUGGCACAGCAAAGACUAGCCAUAGUCGUGUGCAGCUUUUACUUGGUCAAGGGUGGAGUGCGGUGGGAAGUCAUUAAAAUAGGCGCGUGCCGGGCACUACCGGGUAGAAAUUAUGAUUGCGAUGAAGAAAACCAUCAUGUAGGCGGCUUUGGUGGAAAUGGCGAUCAUCGCGGCCGAGUCGCGGUGGUGGUGUGGCCUAGCUCGAGCGCCCGAGCGUUGAACAGCGAACAAAUCAAGUACAACCUUUGUACGUUUGAUACUGGGGUGCGUACCCCCAUGGUAGGCUUAGACGGUGCUGGCCGUGCGCGUCGGUUCAGUGCCAUCAUUCACAAUGACAACGCAAGGAGUCAAGUGGUGGCUGUUUUCGAUGAGUGGGGUCUUGGUUACGCGGAUGGCAUGCCAAGCCAAGACUCUCAGCCUAAACUUCUGAUCUCGGAGAAGGCCAUCACAGUUGUGGAUGGCGGCAAGGCAACUGAAGUACCGCGAAGUUCUCAAAAAGCAGACUCUACGGAUUUGGCUCUGCGGAUCAACCAGUUCCUGACCCUCCGUCAUAAAGGACGAACCAUGCUGGACUUUCAGUGCGAAGGUGUCAACCACACAUUUACAAUCGGCGAGAUGCACGGUGACGAGGUGAGUGGAAUGUCACUAGCUUCUGCAAAGCACACUCUGUGUGCACAGUCUGCUCAGCAGCUUCAAGAAGCCACGGAAAAGUUGGAGACAGUCUGUGGCCUGGAAAGAACGUUGAAGGUGGAUCUAUCCCAAAGGGACCUUCGUGACACGACCACUCUGAAGGUUGAGAGUUUGCCUACGUUGAAAACCAACGCAAGUGCAGCAAGUCUUUCUCAUCCACUGGACCUGGACCUUCAAUGGGACACCGAGUUCAGGCUGAAGAAACUCCUUGCAAAGGCACAUCCUCAGUGUCCUGGUCAGGCUGGGUGGAAGAUCUCUCGAUUCAGCGGAAAGUGUACAGAGGAGCGCCUUGCAAAUGCAAAGCCUACCGUCAAUGCUCCAAAAAGCAUAUCACAGGUGUCUCAAUUGAAGCUUCCUGAUCUUAUUGCUGAGAAUGCUACCAGCAACACGCUGCUUGUGGUCGUGUGUUUGGCUGCCUAUGCGAAGGAGCAAAGCAACUAUGCACGGUUAUUGGCUGAGAAGGCCCAUGCCGCACUAUGGCACAAGUUCUGCUCCAAAGGCAGUGGUCCUUUGCCUGUAAAGCUGGUGGCUGUGGAGCUGUCUGAAGCCGGUGGAUUCUCCGACCAGUACGGAGUCAAAGAGGUACCUUUCUGCAUGAUGUUCCUGGGUGGCCAGCAGGUUUAUGCUAAGAGGAUCCACGGCAUAAGAAUGGCUCCGCGUGAUGCAGCGGGAGCCAAGCCGAAGGUCCUUCUUGUUGAAGAGAAUCCAGCAAUUCAAUUGAAACUGGAACGGAACCUUCGCAGGAAUGGCUACGGUUCAGAUUUGGCUAUGGACAGUUCUCAAGCAAUAAGAUUUGCAUCACAGCCGGAGGGCUAUGGCGUGCUGCUUAUUUCAGCCCUUUUGCCGUUGGGGACGCUGCAGUCAGUGGUGCAAGCAAUCAAACGACAGCAAAGUGCUGCAGUUGUUCUUGCUUUUGAUGGCACCCUGCUUCUUGGAGAGGACCUGGAGCAGCGCAAACAAUUCUUGGAAGAGUGCAACUAUGUCUUUCCGUACAAUCCCAGCUACACUGGCCUUGCUGCGAUUCUGGCGCGGUUUGAUGUCACUCAUGUGGACAAAGGGCUCGCCUGUGUGCCAUGCACCAGUCACAAAAAGGACUUCCUGGACGAUGUUCUUGGAGUCUUGGAGAAAGGCGCUGCAAGUGUCGGAGACAAAAGCAGCACUUAAAAAGAUGUGCCUUGUCCCAUGAUCGCGUUUUUUGAGCGAGCUUGCACACCACUAAGUGGAGCUGGCAAGCAAUUUUGGCGUCAAGCGGACAAGUCGUCCUUUUGACUAACAGAAAAGCCGAAAGGAUAUCUUUUGUGCAUUUUUGUGCCUGAGUUGAGGGCAGUGUGCAGUGGUUUCAGCUAGUCUUGAUGGUAGUGCAGCAUUUGAACUGACGCACUGCUUUCCCCAGUCACAAAGGGCAGCUUUUCUACAUCUUCUACAUGUUGGCUCGGUC